AUGCCUCCCCGCAAAAUGGUCGCCGAUGCGACAAUCAAGACAGAGAUCGCAGAUGCCGUGCGCCGCAUCUACCACGGUCCGCAAGAGCUAACCGUCAACGCUGUGCGCGAAGCUGUCGAAAAGAAGCUCAAACUUGGCGAAGGGUUUCUCAAAGAUGGCGACUGGAAAGCAAAGAGCAAGCAGCUUGUCAUGGACACUCUCGCCAAGAUAGAAUCCGACGAGGCAGAACCAGACCAGGCCGCUCCAGCGCAACCAAACGCCAAGAAGCCGAAAAACAAUGCCAAAGCCAAAGCACCUGCGAAGAAGCGCGCAAAGAAGGAGGCGACACCUUCCGAAGAGUCCGAGUCCGAGUUGAGCGAUCCCGAGGAUAGCGAAGAGGAGGAAUUCGACGACGACGAAUCCGAAGGGGAGCCGGCCAAGAAGCGCAAAGCGACAAAGGUAACGGGCAAGAAGAGGAAGGGGUCAUCAGACGACAAUGAUGACGAAGAGGAAGCCGAGGAGAGCGAGUCCGAAAGACCUAAGAAGAGAGCGAAAGCCGCCGCCAAGGCUACCAAGGACAAACCAACCAAGAAGACUGCCGCUGCGAAGAAAAAGGUCGAAGCAUCCGACGCGGAGUCCCUGCUUAGCGAAAUCGACGAGGCUGGACUGGAGGAUAAGGACGACUCAAGUGAGCUAUCGGACGCCAUGGAUGUCGAAACCCCCAAGGAGAAGGACACAAAAGACGAGGUGACAAAGGUGGAGAAGGAGACGAAACCAGCCUCAGACGACGAGAGCGAGCUUUCCGAAGUCAUCGACGAACCUCCCAAACGGAAAGCUAAACCCAAAAAGGGCGCAUCUAAAGACUCUUCCGACACCAAGCCCACCAACGCCCCGCCCGCGGACAAGGACGACGGCGAAAGUUCCAUGUCUGAAGUCUUCGACGAGCCCCCGAAGCGUGGCGGCAAGGGGCGCGGCAAAUCCAAGGAGGCCGCCAGCAGCACCAGCAAAGGCCGCAAAGCCAAGUCCGUAUCCGCCGACCUCUCUCCUGACGAAGCCCUGAUCAAGCAGCUCCAGAGCCAAUUACUCAAGUGCGGCAUUCGCAAGAUCUGGCCAAUCGAGCUCAAGAAGUACGGUGACGACACCAAGGCGAAGAUCAGGCAUCUUAAGAACAUGCUCACCGAUAUCGGCAUGACCGGGCGGUUCUCCGAGUCCAAGGCCAAGGAAAUCAAGAUGCGCAGGGAGUUGGAGGCGGAGCUGGAUGCCGUGAAGGAUGGAGAGAAGAGCUGGGGACUAGGUGAUGGCGGGAGACCCAGGAGGAGGGCGGCGGCCAAGGUGAAGAGUCUGAAGCUUGAAAGUGACUCUGAGGAUCAAGAGGAAGAGGACGAGAGUGGGGAUGGAGCGGACAAGAAGGAAAAGAAAGAAAAGAAGAAGAAGAAGAAGGCCGAGAAGGAGGGUAGCGGUGAUGAAGAUGGAGACGAUGAUGAUGAUGAUGAAAUUGAGGAGGACGACGAAGAAGAUGACGAGGACGAGGACGAGGACGACUCAGAGGAUGCGGAGCCAAAGGCAAGGGUGAGAGGCCCAGCCAAGCACAGGGCGGAUUUCGCUUUCCUGGGCUCUGAGAGCGAGUCUGAUUAA